GGUGGACCGGACGAGAGGGAGGGGGGGGAGGGGGGGGGAGUAAUAUCGAGGAAAAGUGAAAGAAACGCAUGCACGCGAGGAAGCACGUGGCAACUUGAAUUGGAACCUGGUUCAAUUUUGCCUCGUACAGAAAUCUUUCUCCUGGCGAGUGUACAUACACACUCGUGCGAUUCUGUUGGGACGCUUUCUUGCCGCAGCCGAGCCUCUCACCGUUCUCGUGCCGAUAUAUGUACGGCUAUGAUCUCAAACAAGAUGAUGCAUCGACAGCAAAACGCCCAAUCGUCGUCAUCCAACGACGAACUCACGAUGUAUCCGUCUGCCGCGUAUCAUUCUUCGUGUUCGACGCUACUUUCGUCGACGUCGACGCAGUCGUCGUCGUCGAGGUCGUCGUCCACGACCUGCCCGUUCUUGCUGUCCGUUCUCACGUGGUCGCUGACGUUCCUCCUCAACGGCCAUCCGCUGGGCAAAAGGUCAUUCUUCGACAUCCAGUGCAAGGGCGUGUAUGACAAGAGUAUCUUCGCCCGUCUGGACCGUAUCUGCGAAGACUGCUACAACCUGUUCCGGGAACCGCAAUUGCACAUGCUCUGCAAGAAGGAAUGUUUUACUACGGACUACUUCAAAGGAUGCUUAGACGUCCUGCUGCUGACGGACGAGGUCGGAAAGAUCCAAAUGUGGAUCAAACAACUUCACGGAGCCGAUCCGGGGGUUUAGGCAAGACUGCUUCAGCACACAAUACUUCACGAGCUGCAUCCAAGCGCUGCUGCUGGAGGAUGA